AUGGCAUCCAUUUCGACUGACCAGCAUACACAGCCCACCACUCAGCUGCUGUCAGUGGGAGAAAAGGAUAGGAAACGGCUGCUGGAGGUGUAUGUAAAGGGAAGUCUCAGCCUUAACGAUGGAUCACAAUGUCCUCUGAGACAGGAGCAAAGAUCACACAAAUGGGUUGCCAUCACAGAGCGCAAGACAAGAGAUCGCAAACAUUCCAGCGAUACAUCUCUGAACUUGACUUCACAAGCCUCCAUCUCAGAUGAAGGCAUUAGAUACGAGCCACUCACUGAACCGCAAAUGGAUAAAAAGGAGACGUCGUCUGAGAAGAAAUCCAAAAAGUGGAGAGUUAAAGGGAGUCUGUGCCGCAACGAUGGCUCUAAUGCAUCGCAAAUGUCCAACAGCAAACCCAAGAAGAAGUUUCUACUUUUGGAUAAGGGCAAGGAGGAAGGUGGGCAAAGCAUUGAUUCUUUAUCCCCCCAAACAAGUACAGUUACCGCUGGAAAUAUGCAUUCAAAUGUGCAAGAAAAUCUGGAGACUUCUACAUUGGAAAGGAAGGACAAAGAAGGCAAGAAGACAAAGAAACCCACUGUAUGGAAGAGUUUCUUGAGCUGGUUUUCCAAAGGAAACAGUGAAAAGGAGCAAGAUCAUCAGAGAACCGAAGAACAGCUCCCUCUUUCCCAUCCCUCAACGCCCCAAAUCUCUUGUUUGCCUUUAGGUGAUGCCCUAUCAAAAAGCGAUAUCAACCUGCACCAUUCAAAUUCGACGUUGCACAGGAGAUCAUUAAAAUGGAGGCGAAGUGGAGAUAUGUCCACUGAAAAAUCUGUUGAGAUAGUGGAACCCAUUAACUCGUACUAUGAGAAAAUGUCAGAGGAACUGGAGAAAAUUGUGAAUGAAGUGAAAGACAGUCCAGCUGAAGACAAUGCCGCUCAAAUAACAGACCAGAAUGCUGGUUGUGUCUCAAUGUCUGAAUUACAACAGAAUAGGGCUGUGAUUAAAGAUAUAGAAGAGCAAGGAGACUUAAUAAAUAUCAAGCGGAACGAGAACAGCACCAUAACCGCUUAUCUGAAUGGAAUCACCUGUAGAUCCUUCCAGCAAAUGGCUGAACAAUAUGUGCAGUCAGAAGUUCCCAAUAACAAAACCCAGCCACCUGUCGUGGCACCAGAGCUGGUGAAGUUCGCCUUCACUCUGGAUUUCACAGCCAGAGUGGCUAGUCUACACUGCCAAGCCAUGGGCCAAAUCAUGGACUUCGGGAACCAGUAUCUCCAAGAUCGCUUCACUCACAUGAGCGAGAGCAAUCCGCAUCUCUUUGACAUUAAAGCAGAGGAUCGGAAAACACAACUCUGA